CUCUCUCUCCCCCUCCCCCCUCCCCCAACUGAACAGGAGCUCCAACUGCAAGCCAGCAGACCUUACCUCCGAUCCGAGCUGCACCGCCUCCAAACCUCAUCCUCGUCACGAACACCCGCCUGCGCGCGCCCUUUUCAAAUCCCACCUAAUCCGACACAACCAAAACCAAGAAGACAGGAAAGAAAUUCGCCCAAGAUGAACCACAUAACCAACCCAAACGAACCCUUCCCAACCCCCUCCGCCCUCGCCGCCGCAACAACAACCCACACCCAGCGCAACUUCCGCGUCGCCUCCCGCAAGCUCCCCAUCUCCAAAGCCGGUCCCAUCGACGACAUGACAGCCUCCCUCGGCAUCCCCGUCCCCGAAAUGAUCUUUGGCGACAACCUCGUCUCCGUAUCCCACAUGCCCACGGGCUGGUCCAUCGCCUUCAACGCCUACGACGCGCUCGACGCCGUUGACAAGACGGACAAGAAGAUGUUGCAGGUCGCCUACGCGCGCGACUGGUCGUCCUCGCGCGAGAAGACGAGCGCGGGCAUCAAGGAGGUCGUGAAGCCAUAUGACUGGUCGUACUCGACCGAGUACCGGGGGACACUGGAGGAACCUACGAGGAGCGCGGGCGCCGCGGACGCGCAGCAGGGAGAGGCGGGGGAGGAGAACAAGAAUAAGCUCGAGGAGACGACGACGAGGAUGAUCCCCCUCGAACUCCUCAAGCGCCGCGAUCCGAUCCUCUUCUUUGACGAUGUGGUGCUCUUCGAGAGCGAGCUCGACGACAACGGCAUCUCCAUUGUCAGCGUCAAAGUCCGCGUGCACGAGAAGCGCAUGCUGCUGCUGUGCAGGCUCUUCAUGCGGCUCGACAAUGUGAUUGUGCGGAUCCGGGACACGAGGGUGUAUGUCGACUUCGAGACGGACGAGGUUAUUCGGGAGUACACGGCCAAGGAGGAUAGCUUUGACAGCGUCAAGCGGUCGCUGUUCAUGGAGGGGCGGUUGCCGGAUGACAUUGUCAUCGCACUUCGUGACCCAAACUUGCUCUACAAUUUGCUGCCAACUGUCGAGCAGACGGUACAGAGCGUGUUCCUCAAGAAAUGAUGACGGGCUGUGCUUAACCCCUCGCGUGUUGCUUCAUAAGAACAUCCCUCCUUGCGAGGGGGAUGGCUGGCGUUUUGGGCCAAGGAAAGGCGUUUCGGAUGAACCAGGGAAAAGUUUUACGGCAUCGCACUUUGGGUAUAUCACAGUUGCCUCAGGGGAAUUAAAUGACCAACAAUUCUUGCGAAGAAAUGAACUAAGCUCUGUUUGUGUCACUUGACUGCAGUCUCUCUGGGGUAAUCGUAAAUAAUGAAC